AGAAAAGCGAUUACUACUGCUGGAGCGUUUCAUUUUUGCGGUCCGUGGUGGAUACCUAAAUUAUCACGACCGGUCUGGGAACCAAUCAGAAUCGCGGACCUCGUGCCGUCACUGAUACUGUUCAAGUUCUGUUUUAUCUUUCAUCACAACGCUUGACCUAAAGAAAUUCGUUUGGUCUUCUCAAUACGAAAUUAGCUUUUCCUUCUUGUUACGGACUAAAGAUGCUCACGUGAUUCGAUCGCUGGAUCCGCCAAACCUUCCGGACCCUUCCCGGAAAAUCUGUUUCGCGGAGAAUUGGUAACGAUAAGAUUAUAAUCAAGAUGGCGGACGAAGAGAAGUCAACUCUCCCGGGGUCAGCUCGCCGUAUCUUUGUGGUGGACGCAUUUACAGACAAACCUUUUGGUGGAAACCCAGCCGCAGUAUGCCUUGUAGGAUCGAAAGAAUUAAGUGAUGACAUCUUACAGAAAAUUGCCAAAGAAAUGAACUUGUCAGAGACUGCCUUUAUUACAGAGAAAAAUAGCCAAGACACCUACAACAAAGGAUCCUGUUUUGGUCUGCGUUGGUUCACACCAAAAUGUGAAGUACCUUUAUGUGGACAUGCAACCCUAGCCUCAGCAGCAGUUUUGUUCAACUCACUAGGGAACCCAAACAAAGAAGUGACAUUUGAAACUUUAAGUGGAAAUUUAAUGGCAAGAAGGCAAGGUAAGCCAUAAAAUUUAAAAUUUAUGUACUGUAUUUCCCAACGUCAGUUAUAAAGCCAUGUAAUGAGCCUAGAAUAACGGCCCUCCCUAACAGAAGCAGUAGUGACACAGUUAUUGACACUUGUAAUGGUAAGUUGAGUUUUCUACAGAAUGUCACAAA